GCCGCCAGCCCCGGUGCUGCCUCCGCGGUGCCUGGCGGCGGCCCCUCCCGGCGACAGCAGCGACGACAGCGGACCACAAUGAACGUGGAACAUGAAGUUAGCCUCUUAGUUGAGGAGAUUCGGCGGUUGGGAACCAGAAAUGCUGAUGGACAAGUCAGCGUGAAAUUUGGUGUGCUCUUUGCUGAUGAAAAGUGUGCCAACCUCUUUGAAGCCCUGGUGGGAACUCUUAAGGCUGCAAAACGACGGAAGAUUAUCACUUAUCAAGGGGAGCUACUUUUACAAGGCGUUCAUGAUGACGUUGAUAUCAUGCUGCUGCAGGACUGAUGCAGUGUUUCAGCUAUGCAUUAAUGGAAUUGUUUGAGAUGAUGACUUGCAACGUCCUUUGAAUAAGGCUGAUCAUUCUAAGGUGCUUUUAUAGUCAAAAGGAAACUGUCCUAUUUUGGAAAACAUUCCCUUUUGUAAUUAUUCCUAAAAUUGUACUGUAUGUGAGUAAGGUAAAAGAUGGCAUAUCUCUCCUUUUUUUUUUUUUUUUUUUCCAAAUCUCAGGUAAAGUUCUCAAAUGUGUGAUGGUUAUUUUUCAACAUAGGAAGAAGAGGACCAGUAAUUUAAUGUUUACAAAUCAAAGCGUGCCAUGAAAAUGUAAAAUAAAAGCACAUGCUUAAAUUUA